GUCUUCCAUAAACCUUAAACCCCUUAAUUCUCUUUUCUCCACAUCUCUGCAACAAAAAAUUUUCAACCCACGAAGGGAGAGAAACACAAUAACAAUGUCGUCGAGUGAUGAAGAACAAGAACAGAAGAAGAAUGGUAAUGGCGGAGGAAUACUCGAUUUCAUAAUGAAUUUAGAAGACGUUCCAUCCAAGCUCUCUCCACAUCUUGAACUUAUCAAAACUCGCGUUGUUUGCAGUAUCGAUGCUCCUCAGCAUACAGAUACCAUAAAUUAUUCUGGCGCUUAUGCAGCAUUAGGAGUUGAUAACAGUGUACGGUUGGACAGUUUCUGUCAAAACUUCAAGGUUGAAGUGAAAAAGUUGACAGAUGAUGACAUUGAGUUUGACAUGAUUGGUAUUGAUCCAUCACUUGCCAAUGCUUUUCGAAGAAUUCUCAUAGCAGAGGUUCCAACAAUGGCUAUUGAAAGAGUAUAUAUUGCAAACAAUACAUCAAUUAUACAAGACGAAGUUCUAUCCCAUAGAUUGGGUCUUAUUCCAAUCAAUGCUGAUCCCACACUAUUUGAAUAUCCAGACAAUGCGGGAGGUGAAAACAAUGAAAAAAACACCAUUGUCUUCAAACUACAUGUUCGUUGUGAAAAGGGUCAACCUCGUAUUACUGUAAAAUCAGAUGAAUUGAAGUGGUUGCCUAACGGGAGUGAUCUUAUUGCUGACGACACCAAACCAAAUGCUGGUUCAAAACCAAAAACAUUUACAUCUUUUAGUUGCAGUCAAGACUCACUUCCUGAAUUCUCCAAAAAACCACUUGGUCCUACUAAUCCGGAUAUUAUAUUAGCUAAACUUGGACCUGGUCAGGAAAUCGAACUUGAAGUUCAUGCUGUUAAAGGUGUUGGUAAGACACAUGCAAAAUGGUCUCCGGUUGCUACUGCUUGGUAUCGAAUGCUUCCCGAGGUUGUACUCACGGAAGAUGUUACGGAUGAGCUGGCCGACGAACUAGUAACUAAAUGUCCAGUUAAUGUCUUUGAUAUCGAAGAUAUUGGAAAAGGUAGAAAAAGGGCUACCGUAGUCAAACCACGGGCAUGCACUUUGUGUAGGGAGUGCAUCAGAGGAGGGAAAGAAUGGGAGGAUCGUGUGUCACUGCGUCGUGUCAAAGAUCAUUUCAUUUUUACAAUUGAAUCAACUGGAGCAAUUCCACCUGAAGUGCUAUUUACUCAAGCUGUGAAGAUUCUGGAAGAUAAGUGCGAACGUGUGAUUACCGAGCUUUCUUGAUUCUUAAUUUUGCCAUCAUAUCCUAAAAUGAACGAAAAGAUAAAUGUUGUACAUGAUUGAUUUUGUUAUGAUUUAAUUUUGGUUUUCGGUGGACAAAUAUAUAAUUUAUGAUAGGAAAGCUCAAAGUUUGGAUGUGUAAGUCUGCAUACACAUGAUCUGUUUUGUUUGUAGUGUCCAAAUUGGCUUAACAUAAUUUCUUUUGUGAAAAGAGAAUGCAUUGAACCUUAGGUGACCUAAGUUGAGA